AAUCUCGAGCAGUCGGCACACACCGAGUCGAUCGCCAUGUGGGUUCCGAGAUUACUGGGUCGUUCCCUGAGUCAACUGAAGACCAUUAACUCCGCUCAGUUUUCUCGCCAAAUCAGUGCCAAGAUCGUGAAUGAAUCGAGUAUCGAGGUUCAACCGGAGGCAAAUUCCAAACCGCUUACUUUUCCGGGUAUUUGGCUGCGGGACAAUUGCAUGUGCGAGGAUUGCUUCCACGGCAGCUCCAAGUCGCGUAAGCUGGACUGGGAUAACUUCGAUACCCGCAUCCGGCCAGUCAGCCUGCAGACAGAUGAGCAAUCCAAGGAAGUGCUGGUCAAGUGGAGCGAUGCACACGAGAGCAGGUUCUCUUUGAAGUGGCUAAAGGAGCGAUGUUUCGAGCCUGAUAAACAGCAGGAAUACCUGCGGGACUUCUACAGACCCACGACUAGACACUGGUCGGGUGCAGAGUUUCAGGAUAUUGCCCAGCACUUUAGCUACGAUGAGGUGAUGUCCCAGGAUUCGGUGCUGAUGCAGUGGCUCCAGGCGCUGGCCAUCUACGGUGUGGCUCUGCUCCGAGGAGCUCCACUGGACGAGGGCGUGGUGCGACGACUGGCGGACCGGGUGGGCUUCAUCCGGCGCACCACCUACGGCGAGGAGUUUGUGGUGCAGGCCAAGCCGGGUGCCCAGAACUUCGCCUACCUUUCGCUGACACUGCCCCUCCACACGGAUCUGCCCUACUACGAGUACAAGCCAAGCGUCAACAUCCUGCACUGCGUUGUCCAAACGGAUUCACCUGGUGGCAGCAAUAUGCUCGUGGAUGGCUUCCAUGUCGCCGAUCUCCUGCGUCGCGAUCAUCCCGAAGACUUCGAGCGACUGAGUCGCAUAGUAGUCGAUUGGAACGACAUUGGCAGCGAGGAUGGACGAGAGUUCCACAACAUUUGGAGGGCACCAGUCAUUUGCUUGGACGAGGAGGGGCGAUACACGCGGAUAAAUCACAGCGUGCCGCAGCGGGACAGUCACUUCAAUGUGCCGCUCGAGGAGGUCCUUCCGUGGUAUGAGUCCUACGCCCUUUUCGUUCGCCUGGCCAUCGCCGAUAGCCACGCCUUCAAAACGCGUCCCGGCGACGUCCUGACCUUCAACAAUAUUCGCCUGCUCCACGGACGUACUGGUUAUGAUGAUUCGGAGGAGAGUCCGCGCUAUAUUGUGGGCGCCUAUCUGGACUGGGACAUCAUAUAUUCGCGCCUAAGGGUAUUGAAAAAACGCUUGACUGCGAGUUGCCAAUAAAAAGCGAGAUAACAUAUUUUCCAAGCCAUUUGAUGUGAGCUUCUCAUUUGAAUAGUGGCCCCAUCGCCCAACGGAUUUUGGGUGCUUUGCCAGCGCAGCCACAUAUGCUCCUGAAUCCUGAAUCCUGAAUCCUGGCAUCUUGGCAUCCAGCAGCCGCCGGAAUCCUUCUAAUCCGGUUUAGCUUAGGGCGCCAAUUUCGGCAGUUAAACCAGCUCAAGCGCAAAAAUGAAAAGUUGUAAAAAAUCGCGAUGAUCCUGGCGAUGAAAAAAAGUCACCACGUUGAGUGGGAGGGCAACACUUGAUGGGCGGUGGGGGAAAAUGUCUCGGCUUAUUUGCAUCGCGGCAUUGCCUGACAAAUCGUUUGUGAAAAUGAUUGACGUCGGGGCGUUAGGGGUAUAAAAUGCGUGAAAAGGGGCGGGGCAAAUUGGCCAAAACAAGGUGGGAGUGUCGAAAAGUUCAGAUUUUUUUAGGGUGAAUCACUUAAAAUCUAUCACACAGGAAC